AUGCCCGACCCUCCAACCGGCGACGACGCCCUAUUAGCUCGCCUCAACGCCCUCAAGAAAUCCAGCGUCAGCUUAGAUAAUACAUUCUCCAGCUCCAUAGCACCUUCGACCGCGAACGCAAAUGCGUCAGACGAUCUCGCGGCCCGAUUUGCCCGCCUAGGGUCUGCAAGCCCGUCGAGCUCGCCGAGACCUUCACGCUCAACGACUUCGUCGGAGGAGAAGACACAGGGAGCGCCUGUCAUAGCCCCGGGUGCACCGAGCUAUCUCGAAGGAAUAGCAGAGGGUGUUGGCGGAGCCGGAACCGAAGCUAACAUCGAAGAUGAGAGAAGCCUGGAGGAGUUGCUGGGUGAGCUAGGUCCGAGGGAGGAGUGGGAUAUAAAUCAGAAAGAUGAGAAAGAUGUAGGGAAGCUAUUGAGGGAUAUCAAGACUAUACUACCGGAGGUACAAAAAAGCCGAAAGCAAGAGCAGGAAGAGAAGGAGGGCUUGACAGAUUGGGAGAAUGUGGAAGUCGAUAUCGGAUCAAACGGCGUCAACGUUGAAAGAGAAGAGCAUCCCGAAGAACAGAGUGAGGACGGCGAGACAGGCAAGAAGAAGAGCGAGGAUAGUGAGGCAGACGAUAUCAUUGCACGAGUUAUGGCCGAGUUGGAAAUAAGCAGGAAGUACGACCCGCCUUCCCCGCCUUCUGAAGACGCCAAAGACUCAGAUUCGGGGGACCAAAAGACAGAGAAGCAGAAGGAGAAGUCAACAACCCAUGGCGAGGACGAGAGCAACAACGAACUCUCCCUCCCCUCAGCGCCAACAUCCCUCCCACAAGACGACUUCGACCGCACGCAAGCCAUCGAAGACGCCCUCACCGCUCGCCUUGCAGCACUCUCCUCCCCAUCUCCUUCUCAAACAGAUUCCCUCGGUUUGCCCUCGGCACCGUCAUUCGCCCCGACGAAGAAGGCACCCACCGUUCAGUCCAGUUUUGCGAAGAAUCUUGAUGAUGAAGUCGAGACGUGGUGUGUCAUCUGUAGCGACGAUGCUACCUUGAGGUGUCUGGGAUGUGAUGGGGAUUUGUACUGCAGAAAUUGCUGGAUGGAGGGGCAUCGGGGUGAGAGCGCGGGGUUUGAGGAGAGGAGGCAUCGGGCGGUGGAGUUUGUGAAGGGUGGAAAGAGGAGGAAGGAGGCUGCUAUAUGA